AUGCAUCAACGACCGCGGCCAGCGCCCCGGCCGGCCUCAGAGGCUCCUGCUAGUCCUCCCAUACCGCCAGAUGGGAGACCGCUCUCAGACAGGCAGGUCCAGGACCAGCUUGCAAAGCUCAACCAGAUUAUCCAGAACUACCAUACCAAAGCGGCGCUGAUUAUUCUUCAUUCGAGGACCGUUUUACGGCCGAUAUACAGAGAGGGUGUCAAGAGAGUAAAUAAAUGGUUCAAUGUCGAGAUCGAUGACACAGAUACCCUGCGAGAAGAUCUAACCCAAUGGCGGAACUGUACCGCUACCGAUAAACGGCCCGAGCCGCUCGUCAUCGAAACCUUUAUAGAUGGUUCUCAACUCCAAAAGCACGAAGAACUUGUCAUCCUAGACGACCACGGGAAGCGAUGGGACGUCUUCGAUGCUCUCUCUGAUACCCCUGGAGGGCCAACAGAGAAGAAACACGGCGCAAGGAACGAGGUCAUCCUGGAAAGAUGGUUUAUCGAGUUGGGCCCUUCCACCUCGGCUGCCGGGCCUCUCUCGAUCCGAGUGACGUAUCGCACAAAUUGUGAAUUCCGGGUCGAUGACGCUGAGACCAUGUUCAGCUCACGGUUUAUGGGGGUGGACGACGAUCUGUUCCGGCCCUCCCUACCAUCUGCAAAUGAUCGCGAAGAGCAGAUUCGAGCUCAAAAUGUAGACGUUGGCUCAUUGCCGGCUAAACAUAGGGCCUCGAACAAUCCAGAUCUUAGCCAAGCAUAUGGCAGUAUGUCGACCUUCCAUCGCGCCGAUCCAAGCAUCAAGGGAAGUCCCAUAUCUGCUCUCCGUGCCGCUAGAGAGUUUGCCGGUGGCUCGCCUUCUUCUCCUCCAACACAUAUGCCUUCGCCCAAACUUGGCCAUGCACGGGUUGCUUCACUGUCAGGCGAAGAUGGACACACACUACAACGCAGGCCGUCAGUCUCUUACCAACCGUUCAAGGCACCGCCACUCUCAGCUUCACCGGGUCCUAGCGGUCCUCGUAGCCCGUCAACUAGGGAUUUCUCGAAUAUGAACAUCAGCUCAAAUCAGAAUGUCCAAACUGCCGCUCCGUCUCCUAGGAAAAUACCCAACUCGUCUACCCGCCCCCUGUCAGCGCAUAUUUUACCUGACCAAGCGGUCUUUUCCUCAAUGUCUGCGUCUCCUAAACAAACACCUAUGUCAAGGUAUAGCAGCUCCUUCAGCCACAGACGUGGUCGCCUCUCCACCGGUGGGGGAAGCAAGACCGAAGAAGAUAACAACUCCAGUGGCAAAGCAAGCAUUAGUUCAUCGUCGGCCAUGGCACCAGGCCAGCGGGACUCGACCUCUGGUGUUUUCCCUGUGGUCGAUACAGAUGAAGACAACAUUUCCGAGUUUCUCAAGAUGCUGGACCUGCGGAAGGACUUGCUAUCCAAUGGUCCAGAUGGUUCGACUUUCGAUCCGGCAUCGAGCAGACGAACCACCACAGCAACACUAUCCAGGUUUCAGAAGAUGAAGGACGCUAACACCGCCUUGUCAGAUUCUAUGACCUCGUCUCUCUUACUACAUAGAUCAACUGCCUCCUCCUCCAGCAAACACCUCCCUCCAGCCGCGACAAGCAACCCGGCUGCCACGGCUGUGCCGAGCUCACUACCUAGUGGCAUCUCGGGCUCCAUUUCUUCCUCUCCAGGCAACAAGGCUAUCUCCCCGCAUACACCACAUACCCCAGCCGUUCCAUCCAGGCUUAGCUCGAACAGCGUGAUCGAAUACACUAGCCCCGACGAACCUGGCCAUAUCAUCACCACAACUACCCGUUCUCGUAGAGUCCCUCGCCACGAAUCCCCUCUGGGAGAAACCUCUGAGCCUGACCCUGAUUCGGCCGCCCAGCGUCGAACUAGUACAGCAAAUUCAAACAACACCGCAACAGGAGACGAAGAUGUUCCCGACUUCCUACCCUUCCCGACAACUACCAGAAGUAUCAGCCUAGGCGCGCAGGACAGAUCCCCACCAUCUAUCAGCGAGUUGCUUCAGUCCACUAGUCCGGAUGCUGAGAACCAUCCUGCAGUCUCCCCUCCGAUCGACCGACGCCAAACAGAAAGCCCGCAGGCUCUGGAUGGUGAUAAUGUAAAAGACAGAACAGCACCCCCUUACCAGCCUCGCUUUGCUCAACCACACGACCGAGACUCACAAGGACCUCCCUCACAUACGCACGCACGGCGGGCCAGCGCAAGAAGAUUCAGCACCGUCCGUUCACCAUGGAGUAAUGCAAACCCUUCAUCCAGCCCCAACCCCCACGGCAACGGGAUCAUGGACGAAGACGAGCCACUGCUAUUCACCAUGUCUGAUUUUGGAGCGGGCAUCAGCCAGCGUACAACGACACAUGAAUCAAAACGAGAUCGCGACAGACGUCGAGACCGAGAAAAUAAUCGAGAAAGUGAUGGCGGUGGCUCUGGCUCUGGUGGUGGGAAUCCCUGCUCAUUUCACCCCUGGGACUAA